AAUCAGUGAGAUGAACUACCACACUGAACCCACCCCAGUUCAGCAAGAGUAUAAAAGGCUCAAGCUCAACCCUUGGAAAGCAGAGGUUCAUCUUUCUCCCCUGCUUCCUGUUCUGUGUUCCUCACCGGCAUCCUCCGUACCUCCUAUAACACCCUUCUUCCAGACCAGCUACCAUGUCUCGUCAAUCCUUUGUACAGAUCCAGAGUGGGAGAAAGGGCUUCAGCUCCAAUUCUGCUGUCAUACCUAGUGCCUGCCGCACCAGCUUCAGCUCACGCUCUGUCUCCCAAUCGGGCGGUUGUGGUGCCAGUGGUGGCUUUAGAAGAGUUGGCGGUGGUGGCGGCGGUGCUGGCUUCGGCAGCAGAAGCCUUUACAAUCUAGGUGGAUGUAAGAGAAUCUCCAUUGCUGGAAGCGGUGGUGGCUUCUAUGGAGCUCCAGGGCCCUAUGGUUUUGGAGCUGGUGCCAGCAGCGGAUUUUGUUACGGUGGUGGAGUAGGUGGUGGUUUUGGUGGUGGAGUAGGUGGAGGCUUAGGGUUAGGUGGACCUGGGUUCGGAGGUGGCAUGGGUGGUCCUGGCUUCCCUGUCUUCCCACCUGGAGGCAUCCAUGAAGUGACUGUCAACAAGAACCUUCUUCAGCCGCUUCAUCUGGACAUCGACCCCAGCAUCCAGAGGAUCCGCACGGAGGAGAAGGAGCAGAUCCAGACCCUCAACAACAAAUUUGCCUCCUUCAUUGACAAGGUCCGAUUCCUUGAGCAACAGAAUAAGGUGCUGGAAACCAAAUGGAUGCUGCUGCAGGAACAGGGACAGAAAACAGUCAGGAACAACAUUGAGCCCCUCUUUGAAACCUACAUCAAUAACCUCAGGAUACAGCUCAACGGCCUGGUGGGGGACAGGGGAAGGCUGGAAGGAGAGCUGGACAACACACAAAACCUGCUUGAGGAUUUCAAGAACAGGUAUGAAGAAGAAACCAACAGGCGCCAUGAUGCCGAGAAUGAUUUUGUGACACUCAAGAAGGACGUGGAUGGUGCUUUCAUGAACAAGGUGGAACUGCAGGCCAAGGUCGACUCGCUGAUUGAUGAGAUCAACUUCCUGAGAGCCAUAUAUGAGGCAGAACUGUCACAGAUGCAGACACAAAUCACCGACACCUCCGUCGUCCUGUCCAUGGACAACAACCGGAGCCUGGACAUGGACAGCAUCAUUGCUGAGGUCAAAGCUCAGUAUGAGGACAUCGCCAACAGGAGCCGAGUGGAGGCAGAGUCCUGGUACCAAGUCAAGUAUGAAGAGCUGCAGGCUACUGCCGGCAGACAUGGGGACGACCUAAGAAACACCAAGCAUGAGAUCUCAGAGAUCAACCGACACAUCCAGAGACUGCGGGCUGACAUCGAAAGUGUGAAAAGACAGUGUGCCAGCCUGCAAGCAGCCAUCGCGGAGGCCGAGGAACGUGGUGAGAUGGCCCUCAAGGAUGCCCGGGACAAGCUGGCUCAGCUGGAGGAUGCCCUGCAACAAGCCAAGGCUGACCUGGCCCGCCAGCUGCGGGAGUACCAGGAGCUCAUGAACGUCAAGCUGGCGCUGGACAUUGAGAUUGCCACCUACCGGAAGCUGCUGGAGGGCGAGGAGAGCAGGCUGGUUGGAGCUGAGCCAGUGAAUAUCUCUGUGGUCAGCUCAGCCGUUGGAACCAGCUAUGGAGGCGGAAGUGGCCUUGGCCUCGGCGGUGGUAGUGGACUGGGUAUCGGAGGUGGUAGUGGUUUCGGCCUUGGUGGUGGAAGCGGCAUGUGCGUUGUGGGUGGAAGUGGCCUCAGCAUGGGAGGUGGGCUCGGCAUUGGAGGAAGUGGCUUCAGCUCUAGCAGUGGAAGAGGCUCCUGCGGAUUGAAUGUUGGAGGUGGAAGUGGCUCCAGCGUGAAAGUCAUCAAGACCACAUCAAGCAGGAGAAGCUACAAAUGUGUUAACAACCCUCUAUACUUGUUAAUGCUCUUGAUGUUGCUUUAUUCAAACCAUCUUUUCUUCUGCAAUGUAGCUGUCCGUCAGCCCUUCCCGUCUAGCCGAACAGCCACCAUGUCUCGCCAAUGCAGCAUAACCUACCAGAGUGGGAAAAAGGGCUUUAGCACGGCUUCUGCCAUCAUCCCUAGCGCCUGCUGCACCAGCUUCAGCUCACGCACCGUCUCCCGAUCGGGUGGUUGUGGCGCUGGUGGUGGAUUUGCCGGGUUUGGUGGUGACUGCACCAGCUUCGGCAGCAGAAGCCUCUAUAAUCUAGGUGGCUGCAAGAGAAUCUCCAUUGCUGGAAGCAGUGGUGGCUUCUAUGGAGCUCCAGGGCCCUAUGGUUUUGGAGCUGGUGCCAGCAGUGGAUUUGGGGCCUAUGGUUUUGGAGCUGGUGCCAGCAGCGGAUUUUGUUACGGUGGUGGAGUAGGUGGUGGUUUUGGUGGUGGAGUAGGUGGAGGCUUAGGGUUAGGUGGACCUGGGUUCGGAGGUGGCAUGGGUGGUCCUGGCUUCCCUGCCUUCCCACCUGGAGGCAUCCAUGAAGUGACUGUCAACAAGACCCUUCUUCAGCCACUUCAUCUGGACAUCGACCCCAGCAUCCAGAGGAUCCGCACGGAGGAGAAGGAGCAGAUCCAGACCCUCAACAAUAAAUUUGCCUCCUUCAUCGACAAGGUCCGAUUCCUCGAGCAACAAAAUAAGGUGCUGGAAACCAAAUGGACCCUGCUGCAGGAACAGGGACAGAAAACAAUCAGGAACAACAUUGAGCCUUUUGAAGCCUACAUCAAUAACCUCAGGAUGCAGCUGAACGGCCUGGUGGGGGACAGGGGAAGGCUGGAAGGAGAGCUGGACUCCAUGAAAAACCUCGUGGAAGAUUUCAAGAACAAGUAUGAAGAUGAAAUCAUCAAGCGCAACACAACUGAGAACAAAUUUGUGGUGCUCAAGAAGGACGUGGAUGGUGCUUUCUUGAACAAGGUGGAACUGCAGGCCAAGGUCGACUCGCUGAUUGAUGAGAUCAACUUCCUGAGAGCCACGUACGAGGCAGAACUGUCGCAGAUGCAGACACAAAUCACCGACACCUCCGUCGUCCUGUCCAUGGACAACAACCGGGACCUGGACCUGGACGGCAUCAUUGCUGACGUCAAAGCUCAAUACGAAGACAUCGCCAACAGGAGCCGAGCGGAGGCUGAGUCUUGGUACCAGACGAGGUAUGAGGAGCUGCAGGCUACUGCCGGCAGAUAUGGGGACGACCUAAGGAACACCAAGUAUGAGAUCUCAGAGAUCAACCGACACAUCCAGAGACUGCGGGCUGACAUCGAUGGUGUGAAAAGACAGUGUGCCAACCUGCAAGCAGCCAUCGCGGAGGCCGAGGAACGUGGUGAGAUGGCCCUCAAGGAUGCCCGGGACAAGCUGGCUCAGCUGGAGGAUGCCCUGCAACAAGCCAAAGCUGACCUGGCCUGCCAGCUGCGGGAGUACCAGGAGCUCAUGAACGUCAAGCUGGCGCUGGACAUCGAGAUCGCCACCUACCGGAAGCUGCUGGAGGGCGAGGAGAGCAGGCUGUGUGGAGAAGGUGCUGGGCCAGUGAAUAUCUCUGUGGUCAGCUCCAGCUGUGGAAGUGGAGGCAGCCUUGGCCUCGGCACUGGAAGUGGUCUGGGCAUUGGAGGUGGUAGCGGUCUUGGCCUGGGCAGUGGAAGUGGUGUGUGCGUUACAGGCGGAAGUGGCCUCAGCAUGGGAGGUGGGCUCAGCAUUGGAGGAAGUGGCUUCAGCUCCAGCCGUGGAAGAGGUUCCUGCGGGUUGAGCGUUGGAGGUGGAAGCAACUCCAGCGUGAAAGUCAUCAAGACCACGUCGACUCAGCGGUGCUACAGAAGCUAA